AUGGUCAAGACCACCGCAACCCUCGCAGCUCUGGCUGUCUCUGCUGCAGCAUGGCCCACGGUCAUGCAACAAGAUGCUCUCCUCAAGCGUGCAGCAUCCACCGGCCGUCUGAACACCGGAGUCGGCCAUCCAAAUCCUCAAUUUAAUGCACAAGACCAGUAUGUCGAUGUGACGGACGGAGGCCCAAAUCCAUUCCGAUCACCCGGGGCCAGCGACCUUCGUGGACAAUGCCCAGGUCUCAACGCCGCCGCCAACCAUGGCUUCCUUCCACGCAACGGCAAGGCGACGAUUCAGCAGACUGUCGAUGGUCUCGGCAAAGCUUACAACAUGGACGCCGGAUUGGCGAUAGGUCUCGCUGCCAUUGCAAUCAUCAUCUCAGGCGACAUCCCCAGCGGCACCUGGUCCAUCGGCGGGGGCUUUCUAUCAACACUCCCUCUCCUCCUGAGCAAUCCCAAGGGCAUCGCUGGAACGCACAACAAGUACGAGAACGACGCUUCGAUCGUUCGAGGUGAUGCUUACCUCAACAACGGCGACGUCGGUGUCGUGCAAUGGCACUCCUGGAACAACCUCAUGCAGCUCGCAGAGGGAGGUCUCACCCUCGACGAGACUACCGCACAGAGCAACUAUGUAACGCACUACUCCCUUGACAACAACCCAUACGCCUUCUGGGGCCCCUUCUCGGGACUCGUCGCACCAGCAGCUCAUCAGUUCGUCGCCAACUUCAUGUCCAACCACAGCGCCGAACAACCUGGUGGAUUCUUGAGCGCCGACGUGCUGAAGUCCUUUUUCGCUAUCUCAGGCACCGGUGCGGGUGCCUCAGGCGACAACCCAGGUGACUACGUCCACAACCGCGGCCAGGAGCGCAUUCCAUUGAACUGGUACAGGCGCCCAAGUGGAGAUCAAUACAGCCUUGCAGACGUCGUUCUCGAUCUUCUCGCAGGUGCCACGAUCUACCCCGACACCGUUCGCAUCGGCGGUAAUACUGGCACAACAAACAGCUUCACCGGCGUUGAUGUUGGCGAUCUCACUGGCGGCGUCUUCAACGGUGCGACGUUGCUCCAGGGCAAUAACCUCGUGUGCUUUGCUUUCCGUGCUGCUCAGGCUGGUGGUGUCGAUCAGCUUGAUGGGGUUCUGGGUACGAUUGGAAACUUGUUGGCGCCGAUUACGAGUCAACUCAAUGGAGUGUUGGGAGGCUUGUCUUGCCCGCAGCUGUCAGAUUUCAACAGUCAGCUGUUUGAUAUCUUCCCGGGAUACUCUGAGUAG